GGUCUUCUAAGAGAAACUCCAUUCUUUGAUGACUGAUGGAAAAGCCUCACCCCCCCCCCCCCACUGCUAAAGAACCCCUUAUCUUAAUCACCAGCCAUUAAUCAGUGAUCACUGUUAUCAAAGCUCCAAGAUGCGCAUGAUGCAACUUCCUGGAUGGUGUGUAGGCUGUUUGUCAACAUGUGAAACCCACGUGUAUUUCAGGGUAGGAGUAGUCUCCCCUUUUAAAGAUCAAAAAUGGCGGAUAUACAAUGCGGCAUGCAGUCUGGUCAUCAACGGAGAGUUUCGACACCCGUAUACCCGUAUUUCUACCAAUCACCUCUGUGACCUUUGUUGUGUUCAUCAGACAGAUGAUGGACAACUCUACUUCCUUUUACAACAGGUGCCCCUACAGAUUCACAAAGUUCCAAUGUUGAGUUUCCAUGACCCCUAUUCAUCCAUGACAGGAAAAGGAAUAAAGUUGACAGGACUUUCCGCACUGUCCUUGGUAGCAGCUUAUGAUGGAACCAACAGCAGUGGACUUAGCCCGCUUCAUCAAAGGUAAGUCUCCGGAGUAGUGUUUGUAGCAAUUCUCGUACUCUGUCCUGCAUCGAAGCUUCAGGUCUAAGGCAAAUCUUCUCUGCAUGGAUUCUCUUAUGGCUUUGGUUCUUCCCGGAAACAUGUGACUGCUGAAUGGAGCCUUAGCAGUCUGUUUUCUUUGAGAGUCAAAGAAGUGACGCAAGUCUCCAAGG